AUGGCCGUCAUCCUAGUGGUGACCCGCCGGGAGCUCGAGCACGAGACGCACGGGUUCAGUGAAUCCAACGUGGUGGGGUGGGGCGCCUACGGCGCGGUCUACCGCGAGCGGCUCACCGACGGCACUACCGCCGCCAUCAAGCGUCUGCGGCUGGUGCACCGGCAGCAGGGCAGCAUAAGUUCCACAUCGAGGUAA